AUGGGGCUUGCGCCACUAAGGCUACUAGCAGGGGCUUGCCCCUGUCGAGGCUCUCUCCCCAUCCCUGCAGUACAUGGGUAUGGUAUCGCGGAGCUUCGCAACUUCAAACACCUCAGAGUCCCAUUCUCGAAGCAAUUGUACAAGAUGAUAAAUACGAACUCCUCCUUUCAGAGAGUCAACACAGCCUAUAUAUUCAAUGUUGACGGGCGCUAUCGUUUGCACAAAUGGAUUCCUAAGGAUUUUCGAUUUAGACGGCCUCCUACAACAUGUAAGCAUUUCCUUUCCACGGUACCACUUCGUAACCAGUCGGAAGUAAUACGAUUCGACUCGGAGUUUUCAACCGCCCUACGACUCGGUUUGUUAGUACGAUUAUACGAUUGCUAG